GUGAACGAUGGAGGCUGGGGAGAAGCCCGAUUACAAUUGAGCCGGAUGGAGAUGCAGGUGUUUGGCUCUCUGGCGCUGUGAGGUUGUUCUGCAAAUGUGCAUUUUCCCCUCCAUACAACGGUUCUUCCGCGGUCUUACCCUGAGUUUGUGAUGCUAAGUCCUCGGCAAAGCCUGACUCAGGGGCUGAUGCAUUCAGACCACUGGUUUUCUGGAAGGGCUUUUCUGGAGUGUCUCCCCAGUUCCUUCCCCCGGGAAGGGGAGAGCCCCGGGGUGCAUUCUUUGUGGCUUCCUGGGGGUACCCCAGAGAGGGAAAUGGGAAGGAGGUGGUAGAGGCUUGAUUGGUCGGAGUUUAGGGCCUGGCUCAGUCUCACUGCUGUUCUUUGGAAAGUGGUCCCCUGGUAAAAGCGGAGCCUUUCUAACAGAAGCAAUCCCCUCCCCCCAGUAAAGACAUUUUGCCAAUGUCCAGACGCAUUGAGCUUCUUCUCCCCAGCACUGAUCUGACUGGGCUCUUCCUGACCUCCUCUCCCUUUUGCCGAACUUUCUUUCCAUCCUCCUGGAUUUCGGGAAGGCGGGAGGGAAGAAGAGGGGAAGAGGAAGUCAGAAGAGAUUAAGAUGUGAUAUGGAUAUGCACCGAUUCCCAAGAUGACUGUGUUUAUUAGGUAUCGAAAACAUAGAUGAAUAAAGGGGGGGGGGACAGAGGAGAGAUCCUUGUUCCCAACAUGCCACCCUACGUGGCUGUUCUGUACUGUGAGGCAACAACCAGGAUAGCGGAGCCUGAGAAACUCAGAAAGAACCCUUGCAGAGGGGUAGCCUGGGGUGCAGCUUGGACAGCCAUUCAACACCAGGUGGGGACAGAGCGGUGGAGGAAACAGAACAGGGUGUCAGAAAGGUCAGUAAGACUUGCUGGGGCAGUGACUGGCAGGAGGAGAAAGAAACAGUACCAGAAGACCUGAAAAAAAAAAAAAAAAAGUCACUGGGCAAAGGGGACCCAGAGUAAUAUGUCCCAAGUAAGUCACUGAAAAAGAGUAAAAUACACUUAAAAAAGACAAAGACCCUGUUUCCCUUAGCUUCAGAAUAAUUGUUGAUUGCCUAUUUUGUUUUAUUUUUUCUAUUUCAAAUGAAAGGCUUCUGCCGUUGCUCCUUCCUCCCUCUGGCUUUAGACUGUGGAGGGCACCCUCGGCAGAGUUAGCCUCUUCUCCGGGCUGCUCUGAGUUCAUCCCUCCCACAGUGUUCAAAUAUGAAUCAUCUCUAAUUUCAGGGUUUGGCUGAUCCAUGCCUUCCCCCUCCCCUGGCCUCCCCUGGUGCCUUCUACUGCCACCCUCACUGAUUCUGAUUCCUUAAUUUGCCCCUAUUCUCAGUUUUCAUCUUUAGGGGAGUUAAGCCUGGGGCUUCUUAUCAUGUCUCCUUGAAGUCAGCCAGGCAUCUGAGAAGGGUCUGAGUCAGAGGUGCUUUGCAGACCCCUCUGUGCCCGCCAAGAGAAGCACUCUGGAGAUUUGUAGGGAGAGGGUGAAGGAGAACAUAUGACCCUCUCUAGAGGGCUAACAGUAUCUUUGCAGUGGAAUCUUCUCUGUGGAGUGGCCAUAGAAAUCCAGCUCUCAGUUUAUAGAAAUGGAAGCCCAAAGGAGCAAUAUCCAUGCAGCACACUGGUGAUUGGGGGUAGCUUCCAGUUCUGAACUCAAGUCAGUACUACUUGCAUCCUCCCGGCAUGCCACUCUGGCUUUUUGGUUCGAGGGUCUCUUGUUUCAUUUAGUUUUGAGGAAGUGAUGUUUUCUGUGUGCCUUCUGCCAUUUGCUCCUAGAAGCAGGCAACAGGUUAGUUACCAAGGCCCUCUCAGCAGUCAAAUCACUGGGGCUUCUUUGCCCUGCAGUGAGGCUGACUUUUGCAAUGCCAUUGAUCACCCCUCCCCAUCCUCACCUCCCAUCACUGCUGUCAGAGGUGCCCCUGGACAGGCUGCCUCUCAGCCUGAGCAAAGUAGAGAGGAGCUAACAAUGGCGGCUGGAGAGGGGACUAGAGGAGAGAACAGCAGUCAAGGGUGACAUGGAUUCAGGCUCAUUCUUCACGGAGAAACCAUGCAAGGAAAGCCGUGGUUGAAGGCCUUCAGGUCACAGUGCCUGACAAGAAGAAGGUGGCUAUGCUCUUCCAGCCCACGGUACUUCGCUGCCAUUUCUCCACAUCCUCACAUCAGCCUGCAGUUGUGCAAUGGAAGUUCAAGUCCUACUGCCAGGAUCGCAUGGGGGAGUCCUUGGGCAUGUCCUCUACCCGCAUCCAGUCUCUCAGCAAGAGAAACCUGGAGUGGGACCCAUACUUGGACUGCUUAGACAGCAGGCGGACCGUUCGGGUGGUGGCUUCGAAACAGGGCUCCACUGUUACCCUGGGAGAUUUCUACAGGGGCAGAGAGAUCACAAUUGUUCACGAUGCAGAUCUUCAAAUUGGAAAGCUCAUGUGGGGAGACAGUGGACUCUAUUUCUGCAUUAUCACCACCCCUGAUGACCUGGAAGGCAAAAACGAGGACUCAGUGGAACUGCUGGUGUUGGGCAGGACAGGGCUGCUUGCUGAUCUCUUGCCCAGUUUUGCUGUGGAGAUUAUGCCAGAGUGGGUGUUUGUCGGCCUGGUGCUCCUGGGAGUCUUCCUCUUCUUCGUCCUCGUGGGGAUCUGCUGGUGCCAGUGUUGUCCACACAGCUGCUGCUGCUAUGUCCGCUGCCCAUGCUGCCCAGACUCCUGUUGCUGCCCCCAGGCCUUGUAUGAAGCAGGGAAGGCAGCCAAGGCCGGGUACCCUCCCUCUGUCUCCGGUGUCCCUGGCCCUUACACCAUCCCCUCUGUCCCUUUGGGAGGAGCCCCCUCAUCUGGCAUGCUGAUGGACAAGCCGCAUCCACCUCCCUUGGCACCAAGUGACUCCACUGGAGGAAGCCACAGUGUUCGCAAAGGCUACCGGAUCCAAGCUGACAAAGAGAGAGACUCCAUGAAGGUCCUGUACUAUGUUGAAAAGGAGUUGGCUCAGUUUGAUCCGGCCAGAAGGAUGAGAGGCAGAUAUAACAACACCAUCUCAGAACUCAGCUCCCUGCAUGAGGACGACAGCAAUUUCCGCCAAACCUACCAUCAGAUGCGGAGCAAGCCCUUCCCUGUGUCUGGGGACUUGGAGAGCAACCCUGACUACUGGUCAGGUGUCAUGGGUGGAGGCAGUGGGGCCAGCCGGGGGCCCUCAGCUGUGGAGUAUAACAAAGAAGACCGGGAAAGCUUCCGGCACAGCCAGCAGCGCUGCAAGUCUGAGAUGCUGUCCAGGAAGAGCUUCUCCGGGGGCGUGCCGGCAGUGUCCAUGGACGAGCUAGCAGCCUUCGCGGACUCCUAUGGGCCGCGGCCUCGCCGCGCCGACGGCAGCAGCCUGGAGCCCCGGGGCGGCAGCCGCUUCGAGCGCGCAGAGUCGCGCGCCCACGCGGGCUUCUAUGCGGACGGCGCGCUCGAGUUCUUCGCGCCCGGGGACGCGCGCGCGCCCCUGCCGCGCCUGGUGAGCCGCACGCCCAGCGCAGCGCCUGAGCCGGGCCUGCCAUUCCCGGGCGGCAGCCUGGAGACGCCGGCCAAGCGCAGCGCUCAGCUCGGCCCGCGCAGCGCCUCCUACUACGCUUGGUCACCGCCCGCGCCCGACGAGGAGGACGUGCCCGACGACGCGCUGCCGCCCUACAGCGAGCGCGAGCUGAGCCGCGGCCCGUCCUACCGCGCGCGCGAGCCGCCCUACGCCAGCAACUCGGAGAGGCGCAGGAAGAAGGAGCCCGCCAAGAAGACGAACGACUUUCCAACUAGGAUGUCCCUUGUGGUCUGAUGUUUUUUGAGACAUCUGUCCGGAAAAUCCAAAUCAGAUAUAGACUGCAGGAACAAGACGCAAAUCCAAGAGCCAGCAGGCCGGGACUUUUCUUUGACAACCACCUUGGAAGAUUUGCUGACUCUUCUCUGGCAAAGGAAAAAAGGCAGCCUUGAAAGAAGGCUGAAUACAAACCUCAGUGCCCAUCUAACUAGUUUAAGAAACUUAUGUUAAAACAAUGAUGUGAGAACAUCCCACCCAUAGUUUACGCUAUCCAACCUCCUUCCUUAGCAGAUCUGGGAUUUCACUUCCAGUUCUGAAAGAGUUAACCCUGGACCACCAAUCUCUGGAAAUUGUCUGUGCUUACAGUACGUCUCUCUGCUAUGCUUAGAGACAGAAGAAUUCAUUACUGCGACUGGAUGAAGGCCUGCUGCUGACAGGGGAAGAGCACUUCAAGGCAGAACACACCUUUUAUUCCCACCACUUCCUGGUCACUGAUCAAUGACCAUUGUUACACUAAAAUCAGAAAGCCUUUGGUGCAUUCAGUGAUAGCAGCCUCCUGGACAAUCACAGAAACGACUUUGUUUGCUCUUCUGAAUUGCAACUCUUGAGUGGCUGGGACAAAGCACGAAUACACCAUUGUGAGAAGCAGUCUAAGUGGUAUUUCCUUUUUUAUUCUGAGGACAUAAACUGCUUUUCCCUUCCCUCAAUACAUGUCAACAUCUGAGUCUUGAACCUUAAGGGCUCUUCUUUUCUUCUCCUCUCCUCUCCAGGACUUCCUACUGGUCGGUGCCACACACAGAGCCCCACCUCCAUCUGCACUCUGAUAAGUUUGUCAUCAGGUGCCUUUUGAUACAUGCUUAAAAUUCAACAUAUGAAAGAGAAGCAAUUAAAAAAGAAGACAAAGCAGUAAUACAAGAUAGAGAAGAAUGACAAGAAUUUAAGAGGAAAAUACUGUAUGGUCCCACUAUAUUUGAACUAUGGAGCAUUUUCCCUACAAAUCCCAGUCAGUCUUUUCUGGUUUUGUACUUCAUUGCUCAUAAUUGUCUCUGCCCUCCUGGUUCUGCCAUUGCAGGACACUAGAGAUGUAGAACUUGCAUCUCUUGGAUUCACUGGGAUGCUUUGGGGAGAUGAAAAAGAUACUGCUUUCUUGGAAGAAGUACUUCCUAUUCCUACCCCUGCCUAAAUGGUAGGUCCUGAGUCCCAAAGUUAAACCUCUUUGGAUUUUGUAAUUUGUGUGGAUUACAAAAAUGGCCACAAACUUUCCCUCCCAUUAAAAGGUGUUUUCCCCCACCUUUUGAGCCAGGAGAUGGCUGUGUGAUUUGAUUUGGCCAAAUGGCCCAGUAGCAAAUAUACAUAAAUAGAGAUUGGAAAAGUUCUUGUGUAUGGGAUUUGUUCUCUCUUGCUGCUCUUGGAACCUUGCAGUCACCACCUGGUGAAUGAGCUUGAACUGUCCUGCUGCAUGAUGAGAGAAAACGGUGUCAUUACCCCUGGCACUCUGUGUGACAGUUCGUCAGUUCUCAGCCAAUUGUAGACACAGGAGAGUCCAGCCAAGAUCAACAGAAAAGCUGCCUAGCUGAGCCCAGCCCAAACCGCUGAUUCCGACUUGAGGCUUGAGACAUCAGUGCACCCCGUGUGUUUUCUUCUAAUCAGAAUGUUCAGCCCUGAAUCUCUUCUCCAUCCAGUCGUAGAUGUCUCACAGCCUCUCCUUUCUUUGACAGACUUUGCAUUUCAUCUUUAUUCAUCACUAUUAUGAUGGGACACGUUGUCAGGUCAAAUCACUGGAGUGGGGGAUGAACUUGCAAUGUCCUAACCCAGCAAUGGUUCAUCCCUAUUCUUGGAUCCAUGGACAGCCUCUGAAUGUGGAUCAGCAUCUCGCAGGCCUUCUUCCGAGCCAUCAGUCCAGACCUCUAAACCACUGUUCCAUUAGUAUCCGUUGUAUUUUUUAGCAUUUCCAAAAAGUCCUAUGUGCAGUGUUACAAAGUAGUACUGGGUAAGGGUCAGAGGGAAGAGCUGGUAUCACUGCUUGGAGACUUGGCCUACCAAAGGCCUUCAUAAUUGUUCUGGCCUGUCCUGUAGGAACUAGAAGUACAGAUCAGCCCAAUGCCGACACUUCCAAGGGCUUGAAGACACAAGCCAUAACCCUGGUGCUGAGUUUUAGACGUGCUGGUGUCCCUGUCCUCAAAGAGUUGGUCUGUUCAGGCCCAAAUUCACAUGGAAAAUAUGAUAAACACAUAAUUUCUUAGUCACCAGCUUUGGAUUUCAACUUGCUCAGGCAGUUUUGGAGAAUAUUGGAUAGCUGCAGUAGCUGUUACUGCUUUAUACUGAGCACUGUGUCAGGCUUCUCACCACCAAAGAGCCCCAUAGCACCAGCUGCAGAGACCGAAUACAGUGCUUUUUAAAGUCAGGGGCAUGUAUCAUUUUGGUGAAGGUUGAGGGAAGCAAUGGGAAGAAUUAUUAAAAUUAGAAACUUGUAAUUCCUAAGACAACGAAUGAGUAGACAGACAAUAAAAAUACACCAAGAACAUAGUAAACUAUUAACACAACAUGGGGUAGAACCAGCUUGUUUUCUGUAAAGCUGGAUAAAGUUGGAUAAAUCACUCAGACUUCCAGACCUUCAGUAGACAGAAAAAGCAGGGGUUUCUUUUUCCUGGGUAUGUGGACAAGGACAUAAGACUACAUAGACAAAGCAAAGCUGACUGCUCAACACCCCUGGCUUUUCUCUCCAUGCCUCUCUGCUCCUUCCCGGUAUAGUGUAUCCCAUUUAGGAAGUGCUUACAUCUCUUAACUUCCUUUGUGGAUUUUAUUAGACUAUAAAGUAAGUCUUGUCUAGCUCAUGGUCUCUGUCCAUCAGGACCCUGCAAUUUAAUACGGAAACAAGACAUGCCCAAGAAUGAACUAGGAGAUUCUUAUGCAUAUGAUAAGAGAUAGUGCUAUGGAUCAGUUGUAAUCAAUUAUAUAAUAAACCCAGAGAUUUACAGAUUUUUCAAUUUGCGGGGGAUAUUUUGAUAUUUAAGUGUUGCAUGUUUGUCUGUCCAUGUCAUUUGAACAUAUGAUCAGUCCUCUGAAAAGCCAGUCUAGAAGAGUCUGCGCUGAAAAGUGAAUCAGGAUGGGUAAGGGUGAAUGACAGGGAGCCUGGAGGGAUGGUGCAGGAACCGCUGUGCUUGUCUGUGAGUCACAGCUGAGUCAGGGACGGGCUGGAGGAGGGAGUGUGGAAGCAGGUGGCAGGAGGUGUCCCUGGGUAGAUGAGCUGCUUUUCUAGGCCAUGUAUAGUCAUUAGGAAGCUGAGGACAAUCACCAUGGACCUGGCAGUGGUGUCAGUUCUUCCACUUGAGCAGGCUGGCAGAGCAUCUGCACAUCUAGAGGCUCAGUUCUGCAGUUAGAGGUGUUGUUGCCCACCUGCACUAAUGCAGGCAGCUUUCACAGAGAGGGCAAGGUCUUGUUUCUCUUUCCAUGGGCCUCCCUCUGUGCCUGGCAUGGGCUGGGCACCCUAAGAUGGGAAGGCUGCCAUGCAAACCCAAAGCACAGAGCCACAUCUGAAUAUAUUUCUAAUGAUCUAAAAAAUUCAUACAAAUAACAGUUUCUUAGGCAGCCUUUGAGAGAGACUGAAAGUAACAUUGUGAUUUACCCUUACGCUUUUUUAAACAAAGAAACCAUCAUUCCCAUUAGUGAAGUCAUAAACCUAUCAAAUCUUUAGACUCCCAGACUGUAGGUCUUACUGGAUCAGUGUUUCCACAAAUUGCCUAGCCAUAAGAAUUAUUUGAUUGUCAUUUAAAAGGUACUGUUGACAGUUUGGGAGGCUGAAGCAGGAAGAUCAAAAGUUUGAGGCCAACCUGGGUAACUUAGUACUAAAGACCCUACUUCCAAAACCAAAAAGAGCUGGAGAUGUUGCUCAGUGGUAGAGCAUUUGCCUAGUAUGUAUGAGACCCAGGGUUCAAUCCCCAGUACAGUGUUGCUAAAAAGAAAAAGUGUCAUUGAACUCUGCCCUGUGCUGGUCUGGAGUUAAGAUCUGUAUUUUGUACCUGAGCUUCGGGAGAAUCCUGUGAUCAGAUGCGUUUGGGAAGAGUUACACAGCUGGCCUUGAGGCUUUCUGGGUUGUGGAAUCUUAAGAAGUCCUGGUGAGCCCUCUCCCACUGUCUCAAGGUUGCCAGCCAAGUGGUCCCCAGCAGCUGGCUGACCAGAGCUGGGAGAGGAAGCGCUAAAGGACAGGAAGGAGUGGAGAGCCUGCGUUAGAUGUCUCUAUUUCCAGAACAGUGACAAGCUGCUGUGACAAGCUCAGAUCAAACAACAAAAAUUAUAGGUAAUUUUCUCAUUCCCUGGAUACCAUUCUGAGCAAAACUUAGAUCGUGAAUAGAAACAAAGGAGGCCAUUGGGGAAAUGGCAAAUGUAAAUCACUUAAGUUAUCAGCCUUAGGAAUCAAAACCAUUUCCACCUUACGACCCAAAGUGGAGUGGCUAAGAAUAAUACAAUUUAUAAUAUAACUCCUUCAAGGAUCAGAUUUAAAUGCUGCCAGGAUCUUACAGACAUUUGAGUUACAGCAUAUGGAAAUCCAAAUUCACACCAGUGGCUCAGACACUUAAGGUCCUGGAAGAAAAGAGUGCAUGCUUUUUUCCUGCCAAGAUCCUUCUUACCUCCUGUCACCUGAGAAACUGAUCAGUGAAGCUGGAAGAAGGGACUGAACAUCAGAGUAGAGAAGGGGUGCUGCCAUGCUGUUCUAAGUGGGUGCCUGAGACUCAACACUGCCUGACAGUGGUGAGGUCAGUACUAAUGAUGUGUGUAGGAUUUUUAUGACAUAUUAGUGUUUACAGACCAUUUUCCCAUGCAUUAUAUCAUUGGAUGUUCAUACCAAGCCCUGUGACAGAAUCAUACAGAAUGUGAAACUGAGGUUGGAAAGACUGAGUGAUUUUUUUCUUUUUUGGUGCUGGAAAUUGAACACAGGACCUUGCACUUGCCAGGCAGGCGCUAUGCUGCAGAGCUAAAUUCCCGACUGAUUUUCUGAAAAUCAAGUGGCUUUUAAAAUUAUAGGCCUUAUUGACUGUUUAGAGAUUUUUGCAGUUCCUACAAAAGCUGGGGGAUGGGAGGCUGGCUUAUUAUCUUACAGCACAAUGUGAGGUGAGAAGCAUCCUGAACUCAGCUCUGGUUCACAGACCAUCACUUAGGUAAAGCAGCAAAGAGCACUAUAGCAGCUUGGUCCAAUUAAGCGCUUUUCCUCAAAGGCCUUCUCAGAGAGAGGGGACUCCUCAGAACUGCCAUGAGCAGUGGCCACACCGAGGGGCUUUGGGAGAUAAGCUCCAGCACUCGGAAUCCUUCUUCAAGAGGAAUUUCUGAGAACAAACUACAGGUUCACCUGGACCUAGAAUUCUGGGGGUGGGGUCAGGAGCUGCUGGGGAAAAGAAUAGCUUGUCACUUCCCUACAUUCCAGGCUUUAGGUAGAACUCAGGAGGGUCAGAUAUCUAGAGGGAGCAAGAAGGGCAAGUACUAGAAAAUUUGGUGUUCGUCUAAACUUUUGGUAGUUUCUUGGUGGGCUUCCCUGGAUGCAAGGUGAAUGUGAUCUGACCCAUUUUAUCUGGGAAAGCAGACAAAUGGCUUCUCUCUUACCUUGUAAAGCCACUUGAUGUACAAAAAUGUAGAUGCUACCCCAUGAGAAAUUUCCUCGUGCAAAUAAAGAGCAAGAGAAUAGAAGAAACAAUGGGAUUAAGGGGCAGAAGUCAGCAUCCUGAGGUCACCUGCCCAGUUUGUUUUGGUGCCUUGUCUGUGACUUCAAAACUGAAAUGUUUAUAUCACUGUUGCCCAUGAUUUUUUUAUAUGUUGGACAUACAAAGUGAAUUUGGUUGUGAUGUUUUAAACUAAAUAAAGCGUUUUCAUUUA